ACCAACUGUACGCAUCCCCGCAGAAAUGGCACGAAAUGCAGAAAAGUCGCAGUCGAUGCUGUUCCGCUUUCGGGCGCAACAAGCCGCCGAUCUAGGCAUCGUCGACAUCAACCGGACCAAGCGACCCAAGGCCAUUUCGCAGCAGGAAAACAUUCAGACGUGUGAACGAUGGCGAGGCCAAGUGCUCAAAGAGAUCAGUCGCAAAGUCUCCAAAAUCCAGGACCUCGCCUUGAGCGACUUCCAGAUCCGCGAUCUCAACGACGAGCUGAACAAGCUCUUCAAGGAGAAAUGGCAAUGGGAGAUGCGCAUUCGAGAGCUGGGCGGACCCAACUACAUGCGGGGAGGCGGGAAAGUCACAGAUGAUGAAGGACGGGUGAUUGAUGGAGGCGGUAAAGGCUAUCGCUACUUUGGGCGAGCGCGAGAACUGCCUGGCGUGAAGGAGCUGUUCGAGGCUGCCACGCAGAAGCCGGAGAAGGAAGUGAAAGAGGCGAGACAGGAUCUGCGGUUACGCGUGGAUGCUUCGUACUAUGGCUACAAUCUGGACGAAGAGGAUGGCACGUUGCUGCGGUAUGAAGCGCAAAAGGAGCAAGAGGCGUUCGAGGCGCUCGCGUCGGAAGCGGACACUGCAGAUGGAGACUUUGAACCUUUGCCUGGCGACGCAGGAGAUGGAGUUCUGUGGAAGUUGCCUACUGCAGAAGAGGUCGAGACCGAGUUGUUGGAAAGGCGAAAGCGAAAACUACUGGACAAGCUAUGAGUGCGUAGUGAAGCAGUUUUCUCUUCGCGCAACGCCUAUCGCACUCGAGGACAAGCACACCGGUUGGCAGGCUGUGAUUCUGUUCUUGCACGACUCAGUGGGCAAGAGUGACGAAGUUCUUGUCGAUGACAGAACGCACGCGGCCAACCUGAUUGCGCUGAUAGCUGUCUUCGGGCUAUCAUGCAAUUGAAAUGGCCGGUGACCCGCUGAAGCGGCUGGCAUAGAAAUGUAACGAUCCUGCAAACCCGCUGUCUGGCUUAUAGGACUUUACAUGCAUCUCAGCCCCGAGUUUUGCAAAUCAGCAAACAUCACACGGGGCAGUAGGACUACCUGCUGCAUGUCAUAUUCCCGAAGUUAUGUGACACACCAAAGGCGUACCAUGGACCCAGACACAGGUAGUCGCAUGCUCUGUUGCACGCACAGGUGCGGGAAGCAUCGCAACAUACAUGCAUUGCAGGCAGUGUGCAUUCAGGAGGAUCUGGUCUCGUGUAUACCGACGAAGAAGAGCCCCCGGAAUUCUCCAAGGAUACCUAUUUACGAGGUUACCCUGUAACUCAGCAUACCUGGUAGGUAAUUCCAGAGUCCAGACAUGACGUGGGCCGAUGCCUCGGCUUUAUGUACUGCAUCUGGUGCAUCUGAUAAACCGUCUGCAGUGCAAGGUAUAAGUGGGAGCUCUUCGGACGAGGCUGGUGGUUACACAGUGAGCUAUCA